UACUUUGGGGCAUCUGUCAUCUUAUGCUGCUGUUUUCAACCUUUUCGCGAACGGCGAAAAAUGCCGGAAAUUGACCUAAAUGACUACAGGAUUUUGGAAAAAAUCGGCGAAGGAUCAUUUUCUGAGGUUUACCGUGUGAAACACAAACGAACCGGAUUAUUUUAUGCGGCAAAGAAGCUCAACAAGAUCUACCUGGACACGGCUGAGGCGCUGCAAUGUUCGGAGAUUCAGGUUAUGAAGGUGCUGGACUAUCAUCCGAACGUGGUCAGCUUCGUAGAUAUACUGCACGAUGAGUUAAACGGCAACUUGACCCUCGUCAUGGAACUGAUGGACAUGAGCAUGUACGAUUACAUAAAAAAUCGAAAACGGUGCCUGUCGGAGAAACGUGUCAGGCGGUUUCUUUUUCAGAUCGUCUGCGGACUACACCAUCUUCACCGGAACGGUAUUUUCCAUCGGGACAUUAAACCGGAGAACAUUUUGAUAAAGAUUCCCCACAAGCUAAAGGAAAGUGAACUGGUUCAAAUAGCAGACUUCGGUUCGAUCUGUAGUAUCACUCAGCAGCCACCGUUUUCCGCGUACAUCUCAACCCGCUGGUACCGGUCGCCGGAGUGUCUGCUCACGUCCGGCUACUACGGACCGAAGAUGGAUAUUUGGGCAGUUGGUUGUUGUUUCUACGAAAUGCUGACCCUUAACCCUCUUUUUCCUGGCGAAAAUGAGUUGGACCAACUGGAUCGGAUCCACGAGAUUCUUGGUUCACCAUCCGUUCAAGUGUUGGAUAAAUUCAAACAUAUAAAUCAGUUGAGUUACGAUUUCCCGAAACGAAAGCCCAUCGACUUCCGAAGUCACAUUCCGCUUCUCAGUCACUAUGGGGUGGACGUGCUGACGAGGAUGUUGACCUACGUGCCGGAAGCGAGAAUAAACACCACCAAACUUAUGCAGCAUUUGUACUUUGAGGACAUAUGCAAAACCAAGAAACACUCCCGUCUUUCGUCUUCCAUGCAGUGUCUGGAUGAAGGUGGCGAUGGCCAGCACAACAAGUCUAGCCCUCGUAGAAAAAGUACAAAAAGUUCAAUUGGUAGUACCGAAUCUCUGGAUCGAACGCUUCGUAGCAGUGGCAGUAGUAUAUUGACAACCUAUACCAGCUGCCGAUCUACUACCAACAGCUGCAAGAGCACGCUGACUCUGGAAAUGAUGAAAAACAAAAACCUUGAACGAAUGUGGGGCAUGAAUCCUGGUCCGGGGAAAACGCGCCUAGGUCUGCAGAUACAUACCAGCAGAAUGUGACGAAGGGAAGGUCAAGCUGAUGGAGGGGCUGUUUCUUUUCUGGUUGACAAGU